GAGGAGGCUGCCGAAGCUGCCAGAGUUGCUCAGGCGUCGAAGGAAUAUACCGAAGCACGAUUACAGAUUCGACGACCGGACGGUCAACCUAUUACUCAUACUUUUCAAUCUACCGAUACCUUACAAGUUGUAUACGAUCAUGUUAGUCCACAGGUUAUUGGCCCAUUUCAACUAGCGACGACAUUUCCGAGAAAAAUUUUUGGUGAUCCUGAAAUGGGAAAGACCUUAAAAGAAUUAGGUCUUGUUCCAUCAGCCGUCUUG